AACACGGAGGUAUUUGGGACUCGGUUACGCGCAUGAGGCGGAUGAGUACCGGAUGUUGAGGAAGUAGGAGAAGAAGUAUGGGGAAGAAGAAGGGCCGCGGUGAAGGGAGCGGACUCGGGAGAGCGUUAAUGAGGGAGAGGCUGAACGCAACGCGGGGACACCGAGGAACCGACACGUGGCUCCACACGAGCGAACUGAACGACGGCUACGACUGGGGCCGCCUGAACCUGCAGUCCGUAACGGAGCAGAGCUCUUUGGACGAUUUCUUGGCCACAGCCGAACUCGCAGGCACUGAAUUUACAGCAGAGAAGUUGAACAUCAGAUUCAUCCCAGCCGAAGCCAGGAGUGAAGUACUGACCCCUGAGGAGUCCAGGAGACUGAAGAAACUCCAUGAGGACAACCGGCAGUUCCUGCGCAUCCCACGGAGACCUCCAUGGGACGAGAACACGAGCCCCGAGGUCCUCCAGCGAGCCGAAAGAGACGACUUCCUGACAUGGAGACGAGAGCUGGCAAGGCUGGAGGAGGAACAGAAGCUGAUUCUUACCCCUUUUGAGAGGAACCUUGAUUUUUGGCGACAGCUUUGGAGAGUAAUCGAGAGGAGUGACGUCGUGGUUCAAAUAGUCGACGCCAGAAACCCUUUGCUGUUCCGAUGUCCGGAUCUAGAGAAAUACGUCACCGAGGUCUCCGGUCACAAGGUGAACAUGCUGCUGUUAAACAAAGCGGAUCUGCUGACCCGAGAGCAGCGUCGUGCCUGGGCCGAGUAUUUCCAAAAAGAAGGCAUCAGGGCAGUGUUCUGGUCCGCGUUGGCCGAGGCACUCCGACUGGAUGCUGAAGAAAAGGGAGAAGAUCUCGAGGAGCCGAGCGAUACAGAAAGCAGAGACGCAGAGACGGCGUCAGUUCCCCACGGCGCACCCGAGCCCUCGCAGGAAACGAGUCAAGAGGAUGACGACGAUGACGAAUCAACGGCGAGUUUCGAGGACUGCACUUCCGAGGUAGACUGGCAAACCUGCUCGGAGCCAUCAGGAGACGAAGAGGAGAACGAGAACGGGAGUGAGCCGUCUUCGGAUCGCGCGCCUUUCCGUAACUCGAGCCAUCUGCUGCGCAAAGACGAACUGCUAGAAAUAUUUAAAGCUGCGCAUUCCGGCCCCAGGUGUAAGACGGGUCAACUCACGGUCGGGCUGGUGGGCUAUCCUAACGUGGGCAAAAGCUCCACCAUCAACACCAUCUUUAGGAAUAAGAAGGUCUCUGUGUCGGCUACACCUGGACACACCAAGCACUUUCAGACGUUGUUUGUCGAGCCAGGCCUUUGCCUGUGUGACUGUCCUGGCUUAGUCAUGCCUUCCUUCGUGUCCACCAAAGCUGAGAUGAUCUGUAGCGGGAUUCUCCCCAUUGACCAGAUGCGAGACCACGUCCCGGCCACCUCUCUCGUUUGUCAGACAAUUCCACGCGCAGUGCUGGAGGGAACCUACGGCAUCAACAUUGUCCGACCCAGAGAGGACGAAGAACCAGAUCGACCUCCUACCUAUGAAGAGCUGCUCUCUGCUUAUGGAUAUAUGAGGGGCUUCAUGACGGCACACGGUCAGCCGGACCAAUCCCGAUCCGCGCGCUACGUCCUGAAAGACUACGUUAGCGGGAAGCUGCUCUAUUGCCAUCCUCCUCCCUGCAUCAGCGCUAAAGAUUUCCAGCCCCAGCAUUUGAAGUUUGUAGAGAAAACCGUCGCGAGCGGUCCGUCUACGCGCACCAAUAAACCUCCCAAGGUCAAACAGAUCGAAAACACCGUCGAUAAAACCUUCUUUCACCAGGAAAACGUCCGGGCCCUGACGAAAGGCGUGCAGACGGUGAUGGGAUACAAACCCGGGAGCGGACCGCAAUCGCAGGCCAAAGCGGCCGCAGAACAGCAAACCGGGAAGCCGUGGAAAAAACACGGCAACAGGAACAAGAAGGAGAAAGUGAGGAGGCUCAACAAGCACCUGGACGCUUGAAGUUCGUAGUUCUGACAUGACCUUCAUCUUUGCGCCUCAUCCAAGAUGAUUUUGUGUUCAUGCCACAUUUAAUAAUAAAUCUAUUCAUAUAUUUA